UUUUCAAAAAUAUUGGAGAUGCGGGGUAUCGAUCCCCCGUACCUCUCGCAUGCUAAGCGAGCGCUCUAUCAUCUGAGCUACAUCCCCUUUGUUUAUGAUGGAAGGUUUAUUAAAGAUAACAUAAUCAUAGAUGGAACGAGAUCCUUAUUUUCCUCUCUUGAAUCUAAUGGAUGGCCACUGCGCCCUCCCACCGCCAUGGCGAUCCUUCGGCUCCAAAGGAACAAGGAGAAGGCGAGAUCCCUCGUCGUACAACUAUUCCUCGCCUCUGCCGCUGCUCUCGUGCUGCUCUGGGUUGCCUUCUCCACUUCGAUCCCGGCUUCCCUGCUCUCCUCGGCCUCCGCGUCGUCGAGGGCAUCCGCCAAGGCGGCGACGGACAUCAAGUAUUUGUAUUGGGGCAACCGCGUUGAUUGCCCCGGAAAGCACUGCGAUACUUGCGCCGGAUUAGGCCACCAAGAGUCCAGCCUCCGAUGCGCCCUCGACGAAGCCCUCUUCCUCGGAAGAGUAUUUGUGAUGCCAUCUGGAAUGUGCAUCAAUCCAACACAUAACAAAAAGGGGAUCCUGCACCAAACCAGAAAUCCAAAUACAGAUGAAAUGUGGGCUACAAGGUCAUGUCCUCUGGGUUCUUUAUAUGAUCUGGAUCUCAUUUCAAGUAAGGUACCUGUGAUUUUGGACAACUCAAAGGCGUGGUUACAUAUAUUGUCAACAAGUUUGAAAUUAGGAAGAAAAGGAGUGGUACAUGUAAAUGGAGUUAGCAGGAGUGAUCUCAAGGAAAAGAAUCAGUACUCAAAUGUGCUACUGAUUAACCGUACUGCAAGCCCUCUUGCAUGGUUUAUGGAGUGCAAGGACCGCACUGAUCACAACUCUGUUUUGCUACCACAUGAUUUUCUUCCUAUGAUGGCUUCCAGAAGACUAAGAAAUGUGGCAGAUAAGAUCAAACAUUUACUUGGUGAUUAUGAUGCUAUUCAUGUGCGACGAGGGGAUAUAUUAAAGACUAGAAAAGACCGAUUUGGGAUUGAGAGGAGUCUUCAUCCUCAUCUUGAUAGAGACACACGACCUGAGUUCAUCCAGCAUAGAAUUGUCAAGUGGAUCCCACCCGGAAGAACACUGUUUAUUGCUUCAAAUGAAAGGUCACCUGGUUUUUUUUCACCACUCUCAUCUAGGUACAAAUUGGCAUAUUCGUCGAACUUUACCGACAUAUUGGACCCGGUGGUCGAGAACAACUAUCAGCUUUUUAUGGUAGAAAGAUUGAUUCUGGCAGGUGCAAGAACAUAUGUGAAAACAUACAAAGAAGAUGAGAACGAUCUGAGUCUUACAGAUGACCCAAAGAAGAACACCAAGAACUGGCAAAUUCCUGUUUACACCAUGGACAAUGAGGGAACUGAUCGAUAGACUGAGAUAUCGAUGAAUUCUUACUUCUCGACCUGGCAAAUAUUCAGACUUGGGAUAUGUUGGAACUGUUUCAAACAUCUAACAGAUUGAAUUUACGUGUCUUCCUUACUGAUUUCACACUUAAUAGAGAUGUAAUUUCUAUUUGUGGAUACAAUGAGCUUAGAGAUCAUUACUAGUUAUUUUCUUGAAAUAUUUGUUGUUUUUCUUCUUUCAAGUUGUAAAAAACCCAAACAAUUGAGACAAUAUUCAACUAUUCUCAGUAAUUCAGUAUAAUUAUUCAUAAGGUCUA